AUGAGCCGCCAGGAUACUGAGGAAUUCCUAAACUAUGGGAAAACUCUUGAACUGGAUGAAUUCAGGCUAGCCUGCCUCACAGCGCCAGAGAAUGAUGACUAUCCAGUCCAUUUGACGCUGGAGACUUACAAACACACAGAUUGUCCCGAAUUUGAGACAGUGUCAUAUACCUGGGGCGGGGAAGAUGGUGACCACGUCCCAUCUCAGCCAGUGUUUGUGGGCCCAUACUGGGAUGUCAUUUUCCAGACAAGAAACUGUUGGAAUAUGCUUCGGUCUAUACGCCCUUGGAGAGGUGUAAGGAUGGUGUGGGUAGACGCCCUAUGCAUCAACCAAAAUAACAUCAAAGAACGUGGAGAUCAGGUUGCGAAGAUGAGGCAGAUUUAUGAAGAGUGUGCUCGGGUUAUUGUCUAUCUGGGCCCAGAUAUCGCGCUUCCGGCGCAAGGGCAAUUCCCACAUCGGCGCAGGCUGGAAGAAUUAGAUCAAGAUCUGGGCCACCUACACAAGUCAUCUUCUGACGACGAGAAGUUAGGGCAGAUUGAGGUCGCCAUGAGGACUCUCUUACAUAGAAGAUACUUCAGCCGCGUCUGGGUCAUCCAGGAACUGGUAACGUCGCAAAGGGCUGUAAUGCGAAUUGGAGACACAGAAUUUGCUAUGGACAAUACAACUGCUUCUCGACUGGAGGACGCCAGUACAGACUGGAGCUGGGAUCAAAGUGGAGCGCCGUGGCUUCAAUAUAUGACGCAGAAAUCGAUCCAGGUAGAGGAUCUGUACGGAGUUUUGGCAGUUACUUCGAAAUCGCAUCGCACGCGACAGAUCUACGAGAUCGACUGUUUGGCGUUCUUGGUCUAA